UAGGCUAAUACCUGCUCGAGAACAAGAAUGACGUGCUGGAGACCUUCCACAUCACUCUGACGCAAGACCCGGUUGGCGCCGGCCGGCAGGAACCAUCUCUACGGCGCCACGUCCUCUUCUUCUUCUUCCUCCUCCUCCUCCUCCUCCUCCUCCCCCUCUUCAUGCAGCCAUCCAACGAUGCGUGCUCCAAUCGGGGCGGGACCAGCUGGCCUGGCUCCUCCAAGCACCUCCGGCUCUGCGAUCAGCGCUCCUCUCGCCGGGCCGCUGCUCAAGCGGUGGCGUCUUCCCGAGGCACCUCGGUAGCGGACCACCCGAUCCUGGACGACAACUUCGGCUCGCGCCUGUCAAGUAGGCCGAUCCUUGGCUACCCGUGUACGGUGACGGACGAAGGCGACCCGUCCAUCGAGCUUGGCGACGCAACGGGGGAGAGAGCCAUGUACUCGCCGGACGCUGAGGAGGUGGACUUUGCCUGGAACCGCGCUUUCCGUCGAAUGGCCGAGGCGAUGGCGAGCAAACUUGGCGCUGACCCAUUCGUGCACACAGAGCGCAUGCCCGAUACCGAGCUCAUUGACGGUAUCGCCAUCAGGCUGCGAGACAUGGGCGCGCGCUUCCCACUCGAAAGGGACAGCCAAGGUCGACACAGGCUGAAGCUGCCGGGCAAUACCCUCAACCACGUCACGUACGGUACCACGGACGACACGAGGGAGCCCUUCCUCUACUUCGACGCAGGUGCUGGCAAUUGGGAGGUAUUGCUGCGGGUCAACGACUCGGCGACGGCGUGGGACCGGGUGUGGUACGCCCGGCGCCCCGCAACGGGCCCUGAGCGCGGGAAAGCAGUUGGUCGAUGGAAAUGGUCUGCCUUGGACCCGACGGCGGACCGACGGCAAUGGCGCUACUGGCCAAAUCUGGUAUAGGUGUCACUCCGAUCGGACGAAUGGAAAUUGGGGAGAGA